AUGCUAAGCUCAACAACAGUCCGUACACAUCUAUCUUCUUUCGAACAUUGGUGCAUCGCUUGCUUGAUAACUAACACAUCUUUUGCGAAUUCUCACCUUGCGAGCCUGUGUGCUUCGCCACGUGAGGCCGGGCCAGUUGCACGCGAAGCGGCCAUGGCGCCAGACAUCCACAUGACAGAUCUUGAGCAGCGGCGAAUUCUCCAACAGAGGACGCUGCAUGGUCACCGGUGUCGGAUGACCUUCUACGAUGCCUACCUGGAUGUGCUUGACAAAGCCAAGCAAGACGCGAAUUACUGGGCGGCAACGGUGCACGGCAAAGAGCUACGGCUUGUGAAAGUUUCCUGCGGCUUCUUCAGAGAGGAGAUCCCCAUGUUUGAGCGCUUCCGCUACCGAAUGCUGUGGCUUGUUGAGUGGAGUGUUUUCGAGAACUUCGUCAUCAUCCUGAUCAUUUGUAACGCCUUGGUCAUGGCACAUCCUGUUGCAUACGACGAGGCAAGUCAGCCCAGAGGUGUACAGAACACCUACUUUGUGUUUGAAACCCUGGUCUCGGCUGUUUUCACCAUCGAAUGCACAUGCCGGAUUAUUGCCCAGGGCCUUUUUUUCGGCGAUGCUCCGAACCCGUGCUACUUGAAAGAGCCCUCCAACUGGAUAGACAUGAUGGUGGUCAUUUUUACUUUUGUGGAGCCCUUCGCUGCAGAAGUGAUUUCCGAACAAGACUUGAGGACGAUGAGAGUCCUCCGCAUUUUCCGGGUCUUCCGAGUCAUUAGGGGGAUGACCUUCUUGCCACGCUUGAGGACCAUAGUACAGGCUCUUUCAAAGAGCUUGUACCGCCUCUGGAUCUCGUCCCUUGCGAUUACCUUCACCCUGAUCGUGGUCAGCAUGGCUGGGACAGAUCUCUUUGGAGAUGUUUAUUGGAGGCGCUGCCGGCUUUCUGAAGAGCCCUACCUUGUGAACGGCACCUUGGUUUGGCCCCUGGACCCAAGUCAACCGCGCUUCUGCGGUGGCCGCUACGAGUGUGUACCAACACCAUCCGGUGCUGCGACCUACUGUAGGUCUCCAGUGAGUACGGACACGGGGCCACUUCCCGGCUACAAUCCGUGGCCAGAGCUCUUCGAGAAUCCCCUGGCUGACUAUGGCUUCACGGGGUAUCAGACCUUGUGGAGCGGCCUCCUGACGACUUUUCAGGUGGUGAACAUUGACGGCUGGGUCAGCCUGAUGCACCGCUUCGAGGAUGCCAAGUGGCCCGGCCUGACCAUUCCCUUCUUCAUCCUGUUGAUGCUCUUUGGAGGCUUGAUCCUGAUGAACUUGGUGUUGGCGAUACUUUGGCAUUCCUUUGACACGACCGUGCAAGAGGACCGAUCUGAGCUGGGAGACAGCAAGUUGAAGAUGGAGGCCAAGCGCAUGAAUCCGAAGCCGGUGAUCACACCAGACAUUCAGCAGAUGCCCCUGCAUGCCCUUGUCUGGCACCCAGACAUGACAGUCAAGCGAGGAGGCUGCGUAUGGCAAGCUAUCGGUCAUGUUGUCCAAAUUUCCAGCAGCAAGGUAAGUUCAGUCCAGCAGUUGGAGGCGCUUUUUAUUCUUCCUGGCCAACAGGGCUUCCCCUCGACUGCUCUGAAGGUCGAGCUGGCAGCUGCCCAGGCCUUUCAAGUGCUGGAUACGGACCGAGCUGCGGUCGAUGGGGCUCAAGAAUAUUUGCUACAGCAUGAUCACCAGUCCUUGGUGUUCUCACGAGUGAUGAAUUUCAUCAUUCUCUUCAAUGCGCUCUGCAUGUGCUUUGACAUCUAUCCCCCUUACGAUGACACGGUGCUCCUCAUCCUGGACAACAUAAACUUCUUGUGUUCUGUCAUCUUCUUCUUCGAGGUGUGCAUCAAGAUCAUGGGGGUGGGUGUGUCCUUCUUUGAAGACAACGGCAACAGGUUUGAUUUUCUCCUGGUCAUGCUGUCUGUGGUCGAGCUCUUCCUCAGCGGAGGGUCUGCACUGUCUGCCCUGAGAACGGCAAGACUCUUGCGAAUCUUCCGAAUGAUCCACAUGAGCAUGAACUUCCGAAUCCUUCUGAUGGUGUUUCAAAAGGCCUCGUGGGGGGCUUUGCAAGACCGCCGUGACGAAAGACUCUUUGUUCUGCGAAAGGCAGUGACGCCCACCCUCUACUUCUCCAUGAUCGUUAUUCUGCCGAUGCCCGAGAAAAUCGGGGGGAGAGCUUGUGACUUGGCGGUGGAAGCGAUGAGAUGGGCGCAGCACGAGGUUUCUGUACUGCUCCUGCUUGUUGAGAGCGGCAAGCUCGGCCUGGGUUUCGAGUCCUUGGCCAUGGGCUUCCUGACAUCUCUGGCAAUCUUCUCCGGAGACGGCUGGCUCGACAUCACCACCAACCAGAUCCACGGCAAGGACAAUCAGCUCUUCGGAUUUUUCUAUUUCUUGCUCACCUUUGCGUGCAGUCCCCAGUGGCUCGGCAAGGCCGUCUUGAAGAAUUUGCUGCUGGGCAUCAUUGCCGCCGAGUUUACGGUGGCACGAGACAUCAUGAAACAGGACUUUCGGCUCAGAAUGGCCAUUGCCAGAGCAAAGCUCGAGAAGUUGCGCCUGACCGACGCUGCCCUGGGAUCCACGCCAGGCCGAGACAAGGAGGAAGCCGAGGACGACGCAGAAGCCGCGCCGGAGUCCCCGCGCUGGCCACAGCAGGCCUUCAGCCGUCUCGAGGGCACGGCGGAGAAGACCUGUGCCAGGAACAUGGACGUUAUCAAGAUGAUCCAUGUGAAGGGCCAGGCAGCGAAGCGGCUCCAGGAGAUUGGGAAGAUCCACGCCAUGGGCAAGAGCAAGUAUUCUUGGCCAAAGGGCGAGAGACAUCCUCCUGAUCGAGGUAUGACGGAUGUGGAGGCGAUGUUUCUCAGCUCCGUGGAGAUGCAAACGGAUGCACUGCAUGGCGCACCACCGCCGGAACAGGCCUUGCUGCCGGGGGUCCGCCUGCAGCGUGAAGCCUUGCACGGGGCGGCACCGCCGGAAGACCAGGAGCCGGCGGGUGCAGACGCCGACGAGCCAGGCAUUGAACAACUUGAUUCGUUUGCGUUGAAAUCGGCCUUGCCAGCAGCCCCUCAGCGGCGAACUCGCGUGCCAAGGUUGACCACGCCGAGCGGUGCGAGCGGAGUCGCGGGGCGGACCGAGCGAGUCUCGUGGGCUCAAGCGAUCGCCCGCCAGGUCCUUCGCAGCCCUUCACCUGCCGCCCGGUCCCGGACUCGCUACGCAUCGCCGCGCUGCUCCAUGUUCCUUGCCAGCGAAGCUCCGCAGAUCUGGACGCAGCUCUCCGACAUCUCGGACACCCGAAAGGCCUCGACGCGAGUGAUUUCCUUGGGAAAAAAUCCUCCUGGCAUCUUGCUGCCGAGCAAUGAAGGAAAGCUUCAUAGAAAGCUACCGCCGGGCGAGACGCCGGGCUUCCGGAGCCACUCCGCCGCGCGUCUGGACUCGUGCAGGCGGCCGCAUCAAGCCGAGCGGUGUCGUGAGAAUGCAGAGCAUCGGAUGAUGCCUCCGGAGCGCAAGGACUUUUUCGACUUUCGAUUUGUGAUGUCAUGCGAUGAAGCCCCAUGCAUUCAGGAGGUCACGUUGCAAGAGACGCCACAAGUCAUCGGGGACGUCGUUCUGCUGUCGCAGCUGGAGGACUUGCCGGAAGACGAGCCUGUCGUGCAUCAGGAGGACAAGCAGAGCAAACCCAGGGACGGUGCACCUCUGCCUGACGAGAAGCCGUCGAUCACGGAGCUGCUUCGAGGCUGUGCACGGAGCAUCAUUCGCUCGCCUGGCUUCGAGCCUAUUGUGAUGUUCGUCAUCGUUCUCUCCUCGAUUUCGCUGGCCUUUGAGAGCCCCUUCUCGGAUCCGAACUCGGAGGUGGCCUUCCUGCAGAUGGUCAUCGAUCGGUUGGCGGUGAGUGUCAUGCUCCUUGAGAUGUUCGUUCGGAUGAUGGUUAUGGGUCUGUGGAAGCACCCGAGUGAAUGUGGGCCCGGAGAGUUGCCCGGCUUUUUCCGUGUGCCCUGGCACGUUCUGGACUUUGUGAUUUGCCUUGGUGGGUUGACUUACUUGAUGGCAGAAUUCUUCACCACGAACUUGGCAGAACUGAAGUCUGUCCGCGCGCUCAAAAUGGUGUCGAUGCUGCGGCCGCUUCGAUUGAUUGGAAAGACCAGCUCCGUCCGGUUGAUCAUCGAGUCGCUGCUUGCAGCCAUUCCGACGCUCAUCAACAUGACAAUGGUGAGCGCUCUCUUCUACCUCGGGUUCGGUCUGCUCUUCGUGGGCUUCUUCAAGGGUGCUCUGUAUCACUGUUCGCUUGAUCCGCAAGGAGAUCUCAUGCCAGAGAUCGUGACACAAAAAGACUGCUUGAAAGCAGGCGGAGAAUGGGUCAACAGCGUGUCCCAUUUUGAUGCGGUGACAUAUUCCUUGGUCACCUUGCUGCACAUUGGUUCGGGCGAGGGCUGGAUCGAUGUGACACUGAACAUCAUAGGGGCACAAGGUGUGGCUUUGCAGCCGAGGCCGAAGACCAGGGUGGAGCAGGCGAUCCCUGUGGUGAUUUUCAUGGCUUUGACGAACUUCUUCCUGUUGAAUCUGCUGACCGGAAUUUUGGUGGACUCGUACACCAGUACGAAAGCGGAAUUCUCGGGUCAGAGCAACAACACCUCAGAGGAGAGGUUGAUCAAGAAGCUGCAGAGGGAAGUCCUCCUCAAUCCGGAAGUCCUUCUCCCGCCGCCGCGAAUCGAUGUCCGAGGCAAGUGCUGCCUUGCAACGCGAAAGCGGCUGAAAUGGUUCAUCGAGCACCGGAUCUCGCGAAGCAUCAUAUUCGUGGGCAUCCUGAGCAAUGCAAUCGUGCUGGGCAUCUCUCCGGUCAUUUUCCCCGAGCUGCUGGAGUUCCGGAGGAUCGUGAGUGGACUCUUGUUGGGGCUCUUCGCACUCGAGCUUGCGAUCAAGAUCUUCGUGUACAGCCGGGACUUUUUCAAGGACAAGUGGCAUGCUUACGACAGCUUUGCCAUCACCGGGUCCUUGAUCGGUGCAUUGGUCAAUGCCCUCGUCGCCGAAAAGGGGGUCAUGACGCAAAUCCUGGGCGGCUUCCAAAUCCUGCGCAUACUCAUGCUGGUUCGCUACGCCUGGUUCAUGGACAGCAUCACCAGUACGAUCUGGGUGGCUUUGCCUGGCCUCUUCCAGGUCUCUGCGCUCCUGACGCUGCUCAUGUUCAUGUAUGCGUGCCUGGGCGUGUCGCUCUUCGGUACUAUUAUGAGCACAGACGAGGCUGCGCAAUCGGCCAUCGACGGCAGCUACCCCUUGUCCGAUUCCAACUUCUACAGCUUCAACAAUGCUCUUCUGCUGAUGAUCCGAUGUGCGACAGGGGAGAGGUGGCACGACAUCAUGUAUGACCUGGCCGAAGACAAGCCGAACUGCACCACGACGGCGCAGACUUACGAGGAUCUACAACAGAACGGGCCUCGUGGAUGCGGCAGCAUGUUCGCGUAUCCGUAUUUCGUAAGCUACGUCCUGAUCGUCCUCUUCAACAUGAUGAACUUGAUCAUUGCGACGGUGCUGGAUGCGUACGGGCAGGUGCACGAGCUCAUUGAACUCGAGGACUUCAUGGUUUGCCUGCGUGCACUGCGGGACUCCUGGGUCGACAUCGACAGGAACUUCCUGGGGUACCUCCACGUGGCGGAGGUUGAGAACAUCCUGCUCAGCAUCCCUCAGCCAGUGGGCUUCAUCGGCCUCAAGAAGCGACAGCUGCUCCGAUCCCUGAUGAACCUCCAAGUGCACGAGGGAAGCAUGCUGGCCUAUCGGGAUGUCGUGAAGUUGGUGGCGCAGCGCUCGGUGCUGUUCCUCAGCGGGGAGCUGCUGCUCCAUCCUCAAGAGGCGGAACUCGAUGAGCAGGCUCUUCGCACUUGGAACGCCGCCUUUCCGGAGCUGCCCCCGGAGCCGCCCUCGGACGCCAUCCUCAUCGCGCACAUCGUCAUCGCCAGGCGAACAGCGAUUUACAUCCGCAAGAAGCGAUGGGAGUGGAAGCAACGCAGUCGCUCGGGACAGGGUGCAAUGCGGAACCUCAAGAAGGCUGCAGCCAACAGAGGUCCGACUGAUGUGGCCCGGGUUCGCUCACCACGGAGCUCACCACGUGGCUCGCCGCGGGGAUCACCACGGAGUGGCUCCCCCCGCAGCGGCUCGCCACGCAGCGGCUCGCCGCGGAGCGGCUCGCCGGCAUCGGAAGGCAAGGACGAGGCUUGGGAGGAGGCUAUGUACAAUGUGGACGUCGACAUAGACACUGCCCUUGCGGGCGUUUGGGAGCAAAGCGAUGAUCCCGGUCCGCCAACUUCCAUUUUCGUGAGCCAGUUGGCGCCAGAGGAGACGACUUCGGCGCAGCGCUCGCGGAAGCUGCCCCAGCUCUCCCCUCUGAGAUGGCCUCCGCAGGAGCUGGAGAAGUACCAGCCCGAGGAAGAGCCCGUCUUCACGAAUGCGGAGAGCUCUAUGUGGGCCAAAGUGGCUGAUCUUGCGCAGGGGAAGGACUCCAAGCCUGGGUGGAAGGAGUGA